AUGCGCCUCCAAGGCAUCAACGCAUUUGACCCCAUACUCACCCUCAACCCCCGGACCGGCAAGCAAAACGCACUGACUGUGCAUAGCCUUGUCAGGUUCCUGCAGCGCCAGGACCUUGCACAUCAGCUAUCUCUCCACAUAGUCCCCUCCGUAUGGGGUCCAUUCUACGAUGAUGGAAAUCCGGAAAUGAACUUUGAGGCGGAGCUCGAGCUUGCUGGUCGGUUGGAGCGAGGACUGCUUGUACUUUUCCAUAUGGCCGACAUUUCCCGUGACACGGAGCGGCUAAGACAGCAGAAGAAGUCACUUCCUUCUGUUGUAACUAAACGUCUCGUCAUCUUCACCAAAAUGCUGGAUGAGUAUGGUGAUUUCCCACCACACAAACGACAGGCGAUAUCCUUCGAACAGCAUACCAAGCACGUUUAUACGGUUUUGAAGUGGGGAUCAGCGGAAGCUGAAAUUGGUAAGAGAAGGCUAGAGUUCAGGAGAUAUCUUGACGACCAAACACAGAUCGACUUUCACUGCACAGUGCGAAUGUUGCGAGAAAUGAUGGAACGUAUGCUGCUCCGACAUGGACCGAAAGACUGGCACCGGGACACAAGGAACGAGUAUAGCGUAAUAUCUUGGUUCCUUCUGAAGCAACCGCCGCGGACUCUUGCGAAACUCUUCCUGAGCUCUCAAAACGAGUGCUGUCAAUUCGACAGAAGGUCAACUGGCUACGGACCGAGAAAAUGCCGUUUCUCGGACCCCCUCGACGGCUACUGGGGCGCAUGGAAGAACGUCCCGGAUUUAGGGUGUCUCGACUGCGAUUGCAAAAGGCGACUUCGAAGCUGGAGCGUGAAGCCUGCACUUAUUGAUGCUAGGGGACGCGAAUUCAAUCGUGCUGCGGAGCGAUAUCUCAAAGAUAUAGACGUUCUAUCCACACUAGGAACAACAAGGCCUCUAUUCUCCUCGUAUCUCCGCAUCCGAUCUCUCGCCAAAACCCCCUCAAAUCCCGAACUCCUGCAAGCCCGCUCCGAGCUUGAAACCACACUUACCGACCUCACAGCGGACCUGGACGACCUCGUCGAGAGUGUCCGCGCCGUCGAACAAGACCCCUACCGCUAUGGCCUGGAGCUAGAUGAAGUCCAGCGCCGCCGAGAUCUCGUCGACGAUGUCGGGGCUGAGAUCGAGAACAUGAGGCAGGAGCUGCACAAGGCGAUUACGAUUUCCGAUGCCACGCGCCACGCGGCGGGCGGGCCAGGGUCUGGGUUACCGAACCCGGCAGACUUUGAUAAUGUGCUGUCACCGGAUGCAGCCGAUGAUAGGGGGGAGGACUAUUAUGCUGAGAUGGAGCAACAGCGGCAGAUGGAGCUGAUGCAUGAGCAGGAUGAGCAGUUGGAUGGGGUGUUUCGUACUGUGGGCAAUUUGCGACAGCAGGCGGAUGAUAUGGGGAGGGAGCUGGAGGAGCAGGCGGUUAUGAUCGGGGAGGUUGAUACGUUGGCGGACCGAGUUGGGGGUAAGCUGCAGAAUGGGAUGUCGAAGCUCAAAUACAUUAUCCGGAAGAAUGAAGAUACAAUGUCGUCAUUCUGCAUCGCGGCCCUCAUUUUUGUUUUGGUUCUCCUAUUAAUUCUAGUCAUCGCGCUGUGA